CAGGCCUAUCUUUGAUCGCUACUAAGAUUGAGUCAUGCGUAUCUUCCAAAGAACAGGCAUGGCAAUCAAAGUGUUUGCUAUUUUCUGCUAUUUUCUGCAGAUUCGUGUGAUGAUCGCUGGGCUUGGUGCUGGAUUGCUUCCAGUGUUUCUGUACAAGCAUUUUCCCUUCAACAGCAUUGAGGUAGUGGAGCUGGAUCCGGUUGUUGCUGCUUUGGCAAAGCGUCACUUUGGAUUUGUGGAAGACGAUCGCAUGCAGCUGAGACUUGGAGAUGGAUUAGCCGCUGUCGAUGCUAUAGCAAAACCAGAGAUGGAAGAACAAGCUAACAGCGAGAACACUAGACAUAAAUUGCACAUACUACUCAUUGACGCUGAUUCCUCCGAUCCAAGUAAUGGGCUAAGCUGCCCUCCAGAGGAAUUCGUUCUCGAAACAUUCCUCCGCAGUGCGAAAGCUGCUCUGGAACCUGAAAGAAUACUCGUCAUAAACGUUGUUUCGCGGGCUCGUGAGCCUCACAUACAAGCAGACCAGAGAAUGUGUGAAAUUUUUAGCGAAGUCUACGGCCUGCAAGUCGACGAAGACGUGAACCGGGUGGUGUUUGGAUUGCCACAGCCGAGUAACCUGAGAGACUCCACCGCGAUUUUUAACGCUGGAGUGCUACUGAAGAAGGUCGCGGGCCAGUUUGCUUCGUGGGACAAAGGCCCCAACGUCAAGGACGUACUAAAGAAGAUCAAGCGGAUCAAGUGACAGUGAGAA